AUGGGUUUCAGUGGCUUUACGAAGCGAGGCGGUAACUUGAUGUAUCUAGGAGGGCUCUGGCGUAGCCGCGGGCGCGCUGCAAACUACCUCUUCGGUAUCGGCCCAUGUGCUUUCGGUACUGGCUUAGGGAAAGCAUAUGUCCCCGAUUAUAAACUCGCCGUGGAUCCUCUCUACUCCUGGAUUUUUGAUGGCAUUGGCCCUAAUAUGCUUAUCGGUGGAAAUGGCUUUAGUGGCGGUGCCAGCGGCGACGAAAUCGACCGUGUAGACUUUAAACUAGGCUCGCCGACUGGUACAAUCAUGCUAGCUACCAGUCAGCGCCACGACGAUACCUUUGAACUUUUCAACGAAGACUCAAUGUUCCCGCUAGUGAACACUUUAGGAUCACAGUGUGACCGUGUCAGAAGUGAUAUCAUCUUUAACGAGACAGUGGGAGGAGGAGGAAUCUUUUCUGUUGGCAGUAUCAACUGCUACAGCAGUCUAUCAUGGGAUGGAUUUAGUAAUAAUGUAGCCAAGAUGACUGACAAUGUGCUCAGAGGAUUUGUGAAGCAAGGUAAGGGCAGGGCCCAAUCUCACCCUGUUUAUUGUGUACUCACCUUGCUCACCCCCGGUCGCGCGACGCUAAAGCAGCGCUCACCCAUUACUCACCCUGGCGACACCCGACUAUUUUCUGCGUUUAAGCCACACGCCGGUCAGUUAGUAGUAUGGUGGGUGACCACAUGCGAAUCCUGA